AUGGGUGGAACCGGUAAAAUUAACCAUUUAAUAAUUACAGCCCCGGCUGCUCGGUUCGACGAAAUCGUUCAAUGGUAUAAAGAGGUGCUAUCUCCUUUAGGAGACACUGAGCUCAACCGCUACCCUGGGGUAGUAGGGCUUGGUCCCGAUGGUCAUGCGGACUUCUGGAUAUCUGCAAAGGAAGAUUGGAUCAAGAGUCCAAUCCAUAUCGGGUUUACUGCUGGUGAUCAUGCAAUCGUCGACGCGUUUCAUAAAGCAGGUGUCGAUGCGGGCGGUGAAUGCCAAGGACCGCCAGGACUGCGUCCACACUAUCACGCAAACUACUACGGGGCCUUUUUGCUUGAUCCCCUUGGCAAUAAUAUUGAAGCUGUUGAUCAUGGAGUUGCAAGUGAAUAA